AUGCUCUACCUCCAAAUUCUGUAUUCAUUCACGAGCGACGACAUCACCACUACCAUUGUUCCCAUUACGCUAUUCGCAGUCGUGGCUGGGCCACUCUGCAAUUUCCAACGUUUUUCACACAUUGUGUUCUGGAUUUGGCUCCAUCUACUCCAUUUUAAUGUCGCCAAUCAAAUAAUCGAUCCUCAGGAGGAUGGGAAGAACAAGUCUUCUCGACCGAUACCUGCAGGACUAAUAAGCCUAGAAGACGCUCUUGUGUUACGUUGGGCUCUCAUUCCCAUAUGUCUCGCCCUAUCCGCAUGCUACAGCUUUCAAGUCUUUGGCUUAAGCCUCGUGUUGACGCUGUUCAUAAUCUUCUAUAAUGAGCUUAAAGCCCACGAGCAUUGGAUCUCGAAGAACUUUAUAACGGCAGUGGGUUACGCUUGCUUUGAAAUUGGUUCCACUCUUAUCGCAGGCAAAGAUAUGUCACGGUUAGAACCCACCGCGAUUUCAGCGAUUUGCUUAAGCCUUGCCGUAUUCACGAGCACAUUGCACGCUCAGGACUUCAAAGACGUGGAAGGAGACCGCCUUAUCGGCAGACAAACAUUACCCAUAGCAUUCCCGAAUCUCGCGCGGACAUCUAUGCUGGUGGCCCUUCCUCUAUGGUCCAUCUGCUUGUCUCGUGUUUGGGGAGUGGACACACUCUGCACGCUUGCAUUCACAGGAUAUGCAGCGAUGGUAGGGCUCAGAUUCAUGACCUGCAAGACAUCAAAGGCAGCGCGAAUGUCUUGCAAAUUGUAUAGUCUAUGGUUUUCUGUCGCACAUCUUCUCCCUGCCUAUUGGCGGUACUUCCACGAAGGACAGAACUAUGCCUUUUGA